AUGGAAAAAACAUCAACUAUUUUAACAGAAAAUGAUAAUACAAAUCCCAUUCAAAAUAUCGAUCCACAGAAUCAACUCCAAAAUGUACUAGAUCCAAACCAAUCCCCAACCGAUGCAGCCUUCUUUAAAGUUUUAUCUGAGAAUUUGAAAUACACUUUUAAUAGUCCAUUACCAACGACCACUCAAUUCCCCACCCCAUAUUCAUCUAAUCAAAUCAAUCAAUUCCAACAAUUUAAUAAUAACUCUACCACAAAUAAUAAUACUCAUAAUAAUCAUCAAGGCAAUAUGAAUAACAACAACCAUAACAACAACAAUAAUAAUAAUAAUAUUCCCAUGCGUACCAACAAUAUAGGUCAAGUAUCAAUGGAAAAUGAUUCUUCACUUGUAGAAAAUAGUAUGCUACCUGGCGUUUCUAUGGGAGUUCCAGUGCUUCAAAUAGAUCAACAAUUAAAUGAUAUGGAUUUACAACCUUCAUCCGUUUUACAGUUCAUCAAUAAUUCUAAUAUUCAAAGUCAACAAACAAAUACAAAUAAUAAUGGAUUAAAUUAUCAUAAUAUAAAUUUCAAUUCCAUAAAUACACAUACCAAUACCAAUAAUAAUUUUUCCAAUGAAUUUUUUUUAGCAUCUCCAGAACAAUUCAAAGAUUUCUUAUUAGAUUCACCAGCAGCAAUGAAUCUUUUCCAUAAGACACCUGCAAAGACUCCAUUGAGGUUUUACACUGAUAAUACUGCAACUAAUUCAAAUAAUAAUAAUUCCAGUAAUCUUUUAAAUCUAAAUAAUAGUAAUAUUAACAUAAGCACUUCGGGAUUAUUAGGAACCGAUGGGUCUAAUAAUUUAUUUGGUACAAAUUUAAACAAAAAUAAUAGUAAUAAUAAUAGUAGUAGUAGUAAUAAUAAUAAUACAACAACGACAACAAAUAACAAUGAAAAAAGUUUGAAAAACAUGAAUUUCACACCAUUAAGAAAUAUUGAUUUAAAUUUAAUGUUUAAUUCUUCGAAUCAAUUGAAUGGUAUGAUGACAUCUUCACCUUCCAAACGAUUGUUAUCAUUGACACCAUACGGUAGAAAGAUUUUAAAUGAAUUAGGUACACCAUUUGCCAAGCAGAGUGGCACUACAUCAAAUAGUGCAUUAAUUGAUUUUCAAAAUUUAAAGAAAGAACAACAAAAUAAUCUUGCAAAUAAUUUCAAAUAUUCUCCAAGCAUUAAUACUAGUAUCAAGAAAUUAAUAAAAACACCCAAUAAGAAUUUAACUGAUAAUAAAUUAUCCCUAGGAAAUAAAGAUGAUUUACUUUCAUUACCUCAUCCCUCAACAAUAGAUAAUGAACCAGACAUCUACGGAUCGUCUCCUACAACUAUUCAAUUGAAUUCAUCAGCUACAAAAUCUACCACCAAACUAGAUAUUAAUAAAGUUCCAAAUUUGACCAAUAAAUUGAAAAGAAGCGGAUUCCCUCACCAUGACAAACCGGAUGGUAUCAUUACUCAUACUUCGAUCUUAGACACAUCUCAUCUUUCUUUAUCACCUACACCCAAACCCAAUAUGAAUAAUCACCAUCACACUCAUAAUAACUCCAAUCAUAAUAUCACUACUACCAAUAAUUCCGGUCCCUUAUUAAAAAUACCUGAACUACCGAAGAUGGGAUCAUUUACUAGUGAACAAACACCUGUGGUGUUAAAAUCAAAACCUUUAACGAUAAAUAAAAACAUAAGUUUAAAUACAAAUAAAAAUACCAAAAAGAUUACCAAGAAGAAUGUCAAGACUAAAUUCCAAAUCAUUGUUUCUAAUACAAAGAAAUUCACAAAUAAUACAACAUCAACGUCAACAUCAUCAUCAACAACAACAUCAACUUCUACCAAUACAAAUCCUCAAAACACGAAGAAAAAAGACACAAGUAAUGUCAAUCGUCGCAGUAGUAGCGGGAACUUGGCCAACUCAAACAAGAUGAAAAACAAGAAACAAUUAGUCAGAACACAAUCAUUGAUUGAAAAUUACAUUGGCUCUAAUAAUAACAUGAAUAAUGGUAAAGAAAACAAGAACCCAUCGGAAAACACUUUGAUAAACAAUCGAAGCAAGUCGUUCCUAGAGAUGAAUGAUUCAUAA